CGUUUCAGUGGUGCUUAUUUAGAAAUUAAUAAAAUUAAAGACUUUUGAACAAAACAAAUAAAAAUAAAUAUAUAAAAAAAAAAACACGAUAGUAAAGUGGAUAGAUAAAACAGAUAAUUAAAAGACUCGAAAGAAAAAUAAAAACGAAAGAAAAAAUUGGAAAGAAAAACCAAGAAAUAAAUUGGACAGAAUCGAUAGAGUGGAAAGAAACGAUAGACUGGACAGAAUGGACAGAAAUGCAGAAUAUGCUCUGCAAGCGGCCAUCCAUGCAAUACAACGCAUGGUCGCCUUUACGAAAGAGGAAAGAUUUGCCGAGACUCCUAUCGAGGGAAUAGAGGUCAGGCAGGAAGCGCUUGCCGAUGCAUGGGCGCAAACGAAAGCAGCCGAGAGACAGCUGUCAUCAGCUAAAGAUCCGCUGAUGAUGGCUGAAGUGGAGAGAAAGAUGGCAGAGGCUGAGGAGAGCUAUUUCUUGGCUUCUGCCGCUUUAAAGCGAAAGAGGAUAGACUUGCAACCGCAAGAGAAGGAGAGACAGGAACCGCAAAUUGCUGUCCAAGUUUCGAUGCCAUUCUCACAACAUGAUGUGAAGAACACAUGGGGUGAAUUUGACGGCACCAUUACAAAAUGGCAAGGGUUCCGGGACAGAUUUUUGGCAGCUGUCCAUGAUAACGACCGCAUCGAGCCUGCUUAUAAGUUUGCCUAUCUCAAAAAAUCCUUGGUAGGCAAGGCAGCACGAGCUCUAGGAGAGUGGCAGCUGACCGGAAAGAAUUACAUCGAGGCUUGGAAUCGAAUAAACGAGAUGUACCAUCGACAGUACGCUACAUGUCGAGAAUUGCUGAGGCAAUUCUUCAAGCUCCCUAUUCUUCAAGGGCUGGCGACAGCGAACGAGUUGCAAAGAAUGGUAAAUGUAACUCACGAGACAUUACGACAGCUAAAGGCGCAAGACAUUCCCGUCGAUGGGUGGGACAUGAUCAUUGUGCAUGUCCUACACGAGAGAAUGGACGGAGAGACAGCAUGUAAAUGGGAAGAAGCUCGUUCCUCAGAGUUUCCCACCGUAAAGGAAGUUUGUGCCUUCCUCGAGAAAAGGGCAAUAGCUCUGGGAAGUGCACAGGAUUGCCGAAGGAGAGAUCCCUCGAGACCAUCCACAUCGGCCCAGGCGAUUGCGAUGGAAAGACAGCGAGAAAGAACCGACAGACAGAGCGAAAGACGCAUCAACAGACAACCGGAAAGAGCGACAGAGCGACAGCAGGAUAGACGGUCAUUGUCAUCACGAUUUGGCCGCACAGACGAAAGCCGAAAGAAGCCAUGUCAGGCAUGCUUCUCAAUGACACAUCCGCUUUGGGACUGCCCGGAGUUCCAAGCAUUGACACUUCAAGCAAGGCAGAAUUUGGUAAGAGACAGAAACAUCUGUCCGAAUUGUCUAAAGAACGGACAUUCAGCGAAAGAGUGCUUCCAAGGUCCAUGUACCAGAUGUCCUGGUCGGCGAAUGCAUAACAGCAUGCUAUGUCCGAUUAAAGAAAUGGGCAAAGAAGAUUUGAUGGUGCUCCGAGUCCAGGAGCAAGGAAAGAAGAGAAGUGGACAGACCAGCGGACGAAAGCAAAAAUCCGAUUGACUAGAUGGUGUGCCAGCGAAGCGUCGUAAAAUCGUACGGAAAGACAGGAAAGAUACUAUGGUGAAAGCUAUUAAACGAAAGAUGGAGAGCGAUAGAACGAAAGAAUGACAGAAGGACGAUUCAGACGACACUGGCAGCAAAAUAUCAUGGAAAGAUUUCAAA